UGCUGCCUUGUGGGUCGCAGCCGGAGGCAGGCAUCGCCGAAGGAGCCCUCCACAGAGGGGCAGCCCUGGAGGAUCAGGACAGCUGCAGGUGGGCUGUGCCGGCCAGUGAGCUGUGAGCGGAGCCGUGUGGCAUCUGGACUCCCCGGGCCCAGCGAUGGCUGCCAACUGCUCCUGGGAGGCCCAUCCCACCAGCAGGAACAAGAUGUGUCCGGGCGCGAGCGAGGCCCCGGAGCUCUACAGCCGCGGCUUCCUGACCAUCCAGCAGAUCGCCACGCUGCCGCCGCCGCCCGUCAUGAACUACAUCUUCCUGCUGCUCUGCCUGUGCGGCCUGGUGGGCAACGGGCUGGUGCUCUGGUUCUUCGGCUUCUCCAUCAAGAGGAGCCCCUUCUCCAUCUACUUCCUGCACCUGGCGGGCGCCGACGUGGGCUACCUCUUUAGCAAGGCCGUGCUCUCCAUCCUGAACACCGGGGGCUUCGCGGGCACCUUUGCGGAAUACGUCCGCGCCGUGUCCAGGGUCCUGGGGCUGUGCACGUUUGUCGCAGGCGUGAGCCUCCUGCCGGCCAUCAGCUCCGAGCGCUGCCUGUCGGUCAUCUUCCCCACCUGGUACUGGCGCCAGCGGCCCAAGCGCCUGUCGGCCGUGGUGUGCGCCCUGCUCUGGACCCUGUCGCUCCUGGUCACCAGCAUCCACAUCUACUUCUGUGUGUUCCUGAGCCGCCAGGCCUCCGAGGUGGCCUGCAGACACAUGGACAUCUUCCUGGGCAUCCUGCUCUUCCUGGUCUUCUGCCCGCUCAUGGUGCUGCCCUGCCUGGCGCUCAUCAUACACGUGGAAUGCCGGGCCCGGCGGCGCCAGCGCUCGGCCAAGCUCAACCACGUCAUCCUGGCUGUGGUCUCCGUCUUCCUGGUGUCCUCCAUCUACCUAGGGAUCGACUGGUUCCUCUUCUGGGUCUUUCAGAUCCCGGCGCCCUUCCCCGAGUACAUCACAGAUCUCUGCAUCUGUAUCAACAGCAGUGCCAAGCCCGUGGUCUACUUCCUGGCCGGGAGGGACAAGUCGCAGCGGCUGUGGGAGCCGCUCAGGGUGGUCUUCCAGCGGGCCCUGCGGGACGGUGCCGAGCUGGGGGAGGCCGGGGCUGGCACCCCCAACACGGUCACCAUGGAGAUGCAGAGCCCCUCUGGGAACGCCUCCUGAGAGGUGGGCACCGAGAGGGAAGGCAGGGGCCAGAGCAGACCUCCAGAGACCGUUGCCAGGGACAGGACUGGGCAGCUGCCCCGUGCCCAGUUACAGGGAGAAGUCUGCUUCCCGCCCCUCAGACCUUCUCCCUGGGCUGGAGGCUCCGUGAGUGACCAAGAGACUGAGCAGCCACCAGCAUACAGAUCCGGUGGCCUCGCCAGGCCCCCCCGGCCAUUCUCCCGUCAGGUGGGGGGCUCUCCUCGCCCCAAGCUGGUCUGGAAAGGAGAGGAGAGGCGCCACCCCGCCCUGUCCACCUGUUGCCCCUUUAAACGAGCCCUCCUUGGAAAUGGCACACCAGCACCAGCACCGGCAGCCGCCAGCUUCCUCCCGCCUGGGGCCCCGCCCUCGCCAUGCUGGCCUCCCAAGGCGACCUUGGUGGCAGGGCCUGAACACAACGGAGCUACCGGGAGAGGGUUCCGGGUAACCUGCCUUGUGCCUCAGUCUCUCUGCAAGUGACCUUCGUGCCCCUGGAUGAA